AUGUCAUCCAGAUGGGCAACCGACGACCCAGAAACAGAAGCAAUUAUUGCCCAACAAAAACGCGAUAAGGAACAAAAAAGACGCGCUAAAGCGGAGAAACAGCGACUCGAAGAUGCCAACAAAGCUCAAGCUCGGGAUGCCACAACCAAUGGCGAGCUAGGCCCCCCGAAAAAACGACGAAGACUCUCCAAUGACCCCGAUGCCCGUCCAAAUGAUGAGGAAGUGGUGACCGAGAAGGAACAGAAAAACCAGUCGACCCUACUGCGCUUCCCGGUUGGAGAAUGGGGCCCCUGCAGACAUGUGGAUAACUUCGAAAGAUUGAACCACAUUGAGGAGGGCUCGUAUGGAUGGGUUUCACGCGCAAAGGAUAUUUCGACGGGAGAAAUUGUCGCGCUGAAGAAGCUCAAGCUGGAGAACUCGCCGGACGGGUUCCCAGUCACUGGGCUUCGGGAAAUCCAAACACUUCUGGAGGCGCGACAUCAAAAUGUCGUUUACCUGCGGGAGGUAGUAAUGGGCAAUAAAAUGGACGAUGUGUAUCUAGUGAUGGAUUUCCACGAACACGACCUCAAAGCCCUACUCGACGAGAUGCGCGAGCCCUUCCUUCCUUCGGAGAUCAAGACCGUCUUGCUGCAGGUGGUUGGAGGACUCGAGUUCCUACAUUCACAAUGGAUCAUGCACCGCGACCUCAAGACCUCGAACUUAUUAAUGAACAACCGUGGUGAACUUAAAAUUGCCGACUUUGGCAUGGCCCGCUACUUCGGCGAUCCACCUCCCAAGCUGACACAGCUCGUCGUGACACUCUGGUACCGUGCGCCGGAGCUGCUCCUCGGUGCCGAAAAAUACGGCACAGAGAUCGACAUGUGGAGCAUUGGCUGUAUCUUCGGCGAGCUUCUCACCAAAGAGCCCCUCUUACAGGGCAAAAAUGAAGUCGACCAGGUGUCUAAGAUCUUCGCCUUGACCGGGCCACCGAACUCUGAAACAUGGCCUGGGUUCCGUUCAUUGCCCAACGCCAAGUCUUUGCGGCUCCCGUCGACAUCGGCACCUUCGGCCAGCAACCCUCCUCUGCUGCCUCGCACCCGGUUCCCUUACCUGACCAAUGCGGGCUUGAGUCUCAUGUCAGGUUUGCUGGCGCUGAAUCCGACCUCCCGUCCUACUGCCAAACAGUGCCUCGAUCACCAAUAUUUCAAGGAAGAUCCCCGUCCCAAACCGCGAGAGAUGUUCCCUACGUUUCCCUCCAAGGCCGGCAUGGAGAAACGGAGACGUCACCACACGCCUGAGGCUCCUAAACGAGGCCAGGAAGCACCCGAGCUGGACUUUGCAGGUGUCUUUGGAGGUGCUCCUGGUGGAGAUACCGGUGAAGCAGGGGCUGGAUUUACUCUUCGGUUGGGAUAA